AUGUCUGAUCCCUCGACUCGCGACAUAGAACACGGCAGCGCAAACGGUAUGACCCAAGACUGCACGCAUCGCAAGAAGGUGUUGGUGGUGGGCGCUGGAGCAGCUGGCAUGUCUACUGCCUACCAUCUGUCUCAGCACCCCGAAAAGUUUGACGUGACCCUGACCCUCAUCGACGCCGUCGACUACUGUGGUGGCCAAGCGUUCUCGAUCCCGCUCGAUAAAGACCGCUACGGCGCCUCCUGGUGCAAUCAGGGUGUCCAAGGCGGAUCCUACAUCUUCCACCACACCGUCACCAUGUUUCAGCGCCAGGGGUACCACGCCGAUCCCUGCAAUCUACAGGUCUCGUUCGGCAAAGACGAUACUUUUUGGUCAAACGUCUUCCCCACCGAGAUCUUGGUCAAGCAUCAAAGAGAGGUGAUCCGCCUGGCGUGGAUGUUGAAGUGGAUCCGAAGACUCGAGCUUUUCUUCGCCCUUAUUCCUCUCCGUCUAGUCUUCAAGCUCUUCAUGUUUUCCGAAGAGUUUAUCAACAUUAUCGCUCUGCCCAUGACGGCUCUCUUCCUGGGCACGGGUAAUGCCACCCCACAGGUACCCACCAUCAUGUUUGAACGACUCUGUACCUCUCCUACUUACGGCAUGUGGUUUCCGCCCGACAAGAAUACCGUGGUGUCCAACCAGCCGCCCAUGAUCGUAUUCCCCAAGUUUUCCGAGUUUUACGAUACUUGGAGGAAGGACUUAGAAGACCGCGGGGUGACGGUCAGACUUUCGACGGAGCUGGCAGAGGUUGUAAAGCGGGACAAGAAUGGCGUGGUGGUCAGUCUUCGAAAGAGGACACCGGCAGAGGACGGGCAUAACCCCAACGGUGCCGAUAAGGACGUCUCUCCGAGCGAGGAGCAGUACGACGAACUCGUCCUCUGUUGCCUGGCCGAUACCGCCAAGAAGGUCCUCGGCAAGUCGGCAAACUGGAAGGAGAAGAAGGUACUCGGGUCCGCUACCUUUAGCGACGAUAUCACCAUCACGCACAACGAUUCCGACUAUAUGAAGAAACACUACGAAAACUUUUACCGCCCCGACCUCGCCGUCUCGUCCGCCAACGGCGUCGACCAGACCGAAAGAAUGGAGGCCGCGAAGGAAGACUUUCGCCCGAUGUACUAUAUCAAAAUGUACCCGAAAGACCCUUCCAAGCUCGAGAUGUGCUUUGACUGUACCAACUACCAAUCCCAAUUCCCUCCCAACGUCCCCUUCGAGCAGCACGUCUUCCAGACUAUCUAUCUCAACACUGCGCGCGACGGCCAUCUCUGGUCAGACGACGAGAUCGAAACAGACAAGAUCAUCAGGAGAGAUUGGUGGCACCAGCUGUGUCACGGCUGGACGCACUACUUGUAUGUCAUCCCUUGGAUGAUGUUCCUCCAGGCCAAGAACCACACCAGGUUCGCCGCCUCUUGGACCCUUGUCAAUGCGCACGAGAUUGCAGUCAUGUCUGGUAUCGCCGCUGCCGUCUCUCUCGGCGCAGAGUACCCCGAAGAUCUUGAGCAUGAUAAGUUUGCUUUCCUGUCUUUCAGGCUGUAUUACCUGAUUGCGUACGGCAAGUGGUAUAGCAGAAACUUUACGUCGAAGAAGAGGAAGGCGCAGGUGGAGAGUGAAGCUGCAAAGGCGGGUAAGGGAUGGGCGACAGGAUUGUGUGGAAGUAUGUAUCAGGGGCCGGGUGUCAGUACGGUAGAGAGGAGUACUUGGAAGAAGGAGAUGAAGGAAGGGACGAGUACUGGGAAUCUGGCAGAGGCGAGGGGAAACGGCAGAAGUCAGCCAUAA